AUGCAGAACUGCUCCCCACUCGACCAGAAGAGUGAACAUCUUUUCUUUGAGUUGGCACCUACGCAAGCAGCGCCCCUGCCCAUCCCCGAACUCUCUUCCUGUGUUCCUGGCGUCAUGCCAGAUAAAGAUGAUGUCUUUGCAGAAGAAAUCUGCAACAAUAAGCGUCUGAAGGGGGUGGAACGAGUCAGGCUCUGGCAGGCAUUUGAUCGCCCCCCUCGGUCAAUGUGCACAAAGAAGAGGUCAGCAGAAGUACGACAUCGACAGAUAUCCUUGGAGAAAACUUCUCGUGCCAACAGGGCUGCUUUCCAGAAGCGUUUUGCUGGCCAAUUGGUCAAGAGUCGAGAUCUCGGACAGAGUGCCGUCGGAACUUGCAACAGCAGGAACAGCGUCAGGCCGAACCUCUUCUCAUACGAUGAGGCACAGUUUUGCGACAUGGAGAAGUACAAGCUUCACCCUCAGUGCGAGGGUCACGCGCACACGGAAUGUUUUGACGAGUGA